UUAACGUUACUGAUACGACCAAAAUGUGCUCAAUGUAUGCUAGCUAGUUUUCUGCUUCUGUUGAAGAAUAAUUAAACACGUGGCUAAUUUCCGCUUCAUUUUGGGAUAGCCUACAUUGUCUGUAACGUUACCUGCUAGACUUAUACCGGUGUUUUCACUUGUUGACCUGCAGGCCCAAAGUUCUGUUUGUUACCAGUAGGUUAGAUCAUAAACUGCAUAACUAGCUACCUAAAGGUUAGGAUGUCCGUUAGUGGCCUCAUUUUAUGCAGUGAUGAGUAACUUAAAUUUGCUACAUUCCAGUCAGUAAAUUAAGCCUUUUUCUCAAAGAGUACUGUGGAAGAGUGGAAGGAGCAGCAGCUCCCGAUGCUUGACGCAACCUGCUUCAGCAUCAGGACAGCACAGACAGGGCUAGGCCAAGUCCCAGACCAGCAGCAGACCUGUUCUCAAAUAAGAAGGGGGCUCAGUUACCAGAGAAGUGGCCUACAGUGUGUGUGCGCAGCAUCGCAGCAUUCAGAGCCCAAACUGUGUGUGUGUAUAUACACACUUGUGCGAGAGCCGGGGGCACACACUCGAUGUGUAUGUGAGAUGAGGAGAAGCUAAGUGGCUAACACAACCACCCAGAUCAGACAGCCUCCUUUGCUGCAAGAUGGAUUAGAGCCCCACACCUCAGGAGAUCAAAGGUGUACUGUCUGUACAUUUGGAUGCUUUGUCCUCCAAGCAUCUAACAAAUCAAAUUGGCUCACUAUAUUUGGAAGGAUGAGUCUAAAGAGACUCUUUGUUUGCCCUGUCCAAGGUGGCUGUGACAGGGGCACCCCCGGGGCAGGACCCAUGAGGAGUCAUAGAAGAUGCUCACAGCCUGGGCGCUUCUGCUCUUCUUAGCCAUGUGGGUGAGAAGCACCUCUGGUGGCCCGCUCUCCUUCAGAAUAGCUGCCAUCCUUGAUGACCCUAUGGAGUGCAGCAGAGGAGAGCGUUUGGCCAUCACACUGGCCAAAGACAGCAUCAACAGGAGCAGUAACCGCUCCACCACUGGCAAGCUGGAGGUGGACAUCUUUGAACUGCUGAGAGACAGUGAAUAUGAGAUGGGGGAAACAAUGUGCCAGAUCAUGUCGAAAGGGGUGGUGGCAGUCCUCGGUCCUUCUGCCAGUCCGGCCUCCAACUCCAUCAUCAGCAAUAUCUGUGGAGAGAAGGAGGUGCCCUAUGUCAAGGUGGCUCCAGAGGACAUUCUGAAGGUUCAGUUCCCCCGGUUCACCACUCUGGACCUGAGGCCAACCAACACCGACAUCAGCCUGGCUGUGGCUGGCCUUCUCACCUUCUUUAACAGCACCACCGCCUGCCUCAUCUGUGCACAGGCUGACUGCUUACUGAACCUGGAGCAGCUCCUGAGGCAGUUCCUCAUCUCCAAGGAGACUUUGUCAGUACGCAUGCUUGACGACAGCAACGACCCGACCCCGCUCCUGAAGGAGAUACGAGACGACAAGACUGCCACUAUUAUAGUGGAUGCCAACGCCACUAUGUCACAUAUCAUUUUGGAACGGGCAUCAGAGCUGGGGAUGCUGUCAGUCUACUACACUUACAUCUUCACCUCUCUGGAAUUCUCUUUACUCCAACUGGACGACGUGGUAGACCAACGAGUCAACAUAGUCGGUUUUUCAGUUUUCAACAAAACUCAUCCCUUCUUCCAGGAUUUUGUGCUAAGCCUCAACCGCUCCUGGCAAGAAAACUGUGACCAUGCACCCUUCGCUGGCACUCCACUCUCCUCAGCUCUGCUCUUUGAUGCGGUUUACGCGGUGGUGGCGGCGGUCCAGGAGUUGAACCGUAGCCAGAAUGUUGGCGCCACUCAGCUCUCCUGCAAGUCCUCCAAGAUCUGGGAACAUGGCACCAGCCUUAUGAAUUACCUGAGGAUGGUAGAAUUGGAUGGUCUAACAGGCCACAUUGAAUUCAACAGCAAAGGUCAGCGGUCAAAUUACGCCCUGAGGAUCAUGCAGAACAGCAAGGAUGGCCUAAGGCAGAUUGGCCUGUGGCACUCUGAAGAUGGACUGUCCAUGGAGAGAAAGCUUCGAUCAAUUAAUGUGACAGACACCCUCUUCAACAGUACUCUUACCAUCACGACAAUAUUAGAGAAUCCAUAUGUGAUGCUGCGGCAGAACCACCAAGAACUGGAGGGAAACGACCGCUACGAAGGCUUCUGUGUGGACAUGCUGAAGGAGCUGGCAGAUAUUCUCAAGUUUAAGUAUCGCAUCCGGCUGGUGGGGGACGGACUGUACGGGGUUCCUGGAGCCAAUGGAACGUGGACUGGCAUGGUUGGAGAGCUCAUCUCAAGGAAAGCUGACCUGGCAGUCGCAGGCCUCACCAUCACAGCAGAGCGUGAAAAGGUCAUCGACUUUUCCAAGCCCUUCAUGACCCUCGGCAUCAGUAUCAUGUACCGGGUCCACCUGGGACGUAGGCCAGGAUACUUCUCCUUCUUGGAUCCCUUCUCCCCUGGUGUCUGGCUCUUCAUGCUUCUGGCCUACUUGGCUGUCAGCUGCAUCCUCUUUCUGGUGGCCAGAUUGACACCGUAUGAGUGGUACAACCCCCACCCGUGUCUAAAGGGUCGCUGUAACCUGCUAAUCAACCAGUACUCACUUGGCAACAGUUUCUGGUUCCCUGUUGGAGGCUUCAUGCAGCAAGGAUCCACCAUUGCUCCCAGAGCUCUGUCCACACGAUGUGUCAGCGGAGUGUGGUGGGCCUUCACAUUAAUCAUCAUCUCAUCCUACACCGCCAACCUGGCUGCCUUCCUAACAGUCCAGAGGAUGGAGGUACCGAUAGAGUCAGUCGACGAUCUGGCAGAUCAGACGGCGAUAGAGUAUGGCACCAUGCACGGAGGAUCCACAAUGACUUUCUUCCAGAACUCUCGCUACCAGACAUACCAGCGUAUGUGGAACUUCAUGCACUCAAAACAGCCCAGUGUGUUUGUGAAGAGCACAGAGGAAGGCAUCGCCCGUGUCCUCAACUCCAACUAUGCCUACUUGCUCGAGAGCACCAUGAACGAGUACUACCGCCAGAGGAACUGCAACCUGACUCAGAUUGGAGGACUGCUGGACACCAAGGGCUACGGCAUUGGCAUGCCCGUGGGGUCAGUGUACCGAGAUGAGUUUGACCUGGCCAUCCUCAAAAUGCAGGAGGACAAUCGUUUGGAGAUCCUCAAGAGGAAGUGGUGGGAUGGUGGCAAGUGUCCAAAGGAGGAGGACCACCGUGCCAAAGGUCUGGGCAUGGAGAACAUCGGCGGCAUCUUCGUGGUGCUGGUGUGUGGCCUGCUGGUGGCUAUCUUCAUGGCAGUGCUGGAGUUUGUCUGGAUGUUAAGACAGGCCCCAGGAAAUGAGCAGUCAGUGUGUGAGGAGAUGCUACGGGAGCUCCAUGGGAUCGUCCUGUGUCGCGACAGCCUGCAGGUGAGGCGUCGGCGGACGGCUUCGAUGCUGCGGCCGCGGCCCUUACCCCUGGAGGAGCGCCGGGCACGAGCUGCCGCCGUCAGCCUCAGCAACGGAAAGCUGUGCGGGGGCACCGGACUGCCUGAACCCCUCUCUCACAGACUGGCACAGGAGGCUGCUCUGGUUGCGAGGGGGUGCAGCCACAUCCGCAUUUGCCCCGAGUGCCGGCGCUUCCAGGGACUGAGGAUGCGUCCUGCAGGGGCCACUGGGGCCCUCCCUUCUCCCACGCACAGUGAGGAGAGCAUAGAGUGGGACAAGACCACAAAUAGCAGUGAACCUGAAUAACGGCCAGCGAUUCCAACAGGACUGACUUUCCCACCUCACCUCUCUACUUUCCAGGGAUCAAUGAUCACAUCGUAUUUUUAUUCAGCCAGUCGGGGCUUGAUCUUAAAGGGCAGGACAGUGCUUUGUUUUGCCCUAGAGGCAACAGCCAGUAGUCAGUUUUGGAGUCUCCUUGGGUGAUUUUUUUUCCUUGGUCGUAGGAGAAACUGAUGAGUCUGUCUCAUUGUGGUCUGUUCCUGUUGGCCCUUAGUACUGUGUCAAACAGGACGGACAAAAACAGCUACGGGGCAUUUGUACUAUGCAGUAUUUUCAGUCAUUUAUCAUUGUGCUGUUUCUUUUUUUUCCUUUUUAAAUUAUUUCUGUCCUCUGUUGGAUUAUCAGUGCUGAAUAUUGUUAUUCUAUUAUUCUUAAAAAAAAAAACUUUAAAGAAGUUCCUUUUUUAUCUGACAAUUUACUGUAUGAACAUGUAUUGCCUCUGAAGAGCUGCAAAGAUGAACAGACUAAUGCAAGGUCAUCCUUCAAAUCCUUUUAUUUUGAAAGUGCCAAAAAACCAUAAGUAUUAUCUUGUGGCUAAAAAAAGCACCACAGCCUUGAGAAGACAACAAACUCAAAUGAACCUAGAAAACAAAGAGAGACAUACAGACACACAGACUUAUUUUAUAGUAGUGAUAUUCUAUUAAAACAUGUUUUAACUGUUGGUAUCUCUGAAAGACAGCAAUGCAUGUCUUUCAUUGCUGUGGUGGCUGAGUAGCUGAAAGAAUGAUGUCCUGUUUUGAAUACCUGCUUAAAUACAUGAUGGCUACCCAAACAAUGACAUCCAUUCAUUUCCUUCUUCCUCUGUUUCUUGACAUUUCUUUCUCCUCCGUCUGUCCUACAUCUUUGACACCAUGGCAAAUGUAUUGUCUCAUCUCUUGUCCUUUUUAUGAUCUUUCACUUAAAAAUAAACACACAGUCUCCUGCACAGUCUGUAAGAGAUCAGAGGUA